CCUUGUUGUGCACUCACCAGGGCCUGCUUCAUAAUACUCUGUUUAGUGAUCAAUAGUUUUAUCAUAAUCAUAUCCAUGCACAUAUCAUAACGAAAUUAAUUAUUCAAGCGGUGCUACAAUUCCAUGUUUGACACCUUGGAGGGGACCGGCCCGGUGUAGGGAUGAAAUUACCGUGACAGUCACUGGUGGGUACGUAUGCAUUAUGGAGCAUACUAGUAGUAAUUUUAACAUGUUCACCAGCUCAUGUAGGACUAUGCUAACUUGGGCUAAAAGUGAUCAGUGAUCGAUCACCCUUGCCGAGCUACAAACGCCUGCCCCGCAGGCUUCAAUCUUGAACUUGGUCGGAGGCUGACCCGGGCUGAAACGGAUACAUGUUCUGGAUUUAAUUCUCAAUGGUGAGCAGUCCACCUCUCUUAGUACUACACCAUUCCCCAGUUGAUCAUAGUGUCAUGUCCACAACAGACACUGCCUACCGUCUUAUCCUCGCAUUGAUCAGUCUUAUUGCAUUCAACAUCUUCAGCUACACCGUUGAGCACCAGCCUGAGUGGAAGCGGGGUGUCAGCCCUGGGAGCUCUGUGGGGGCCAAGUUCUUGGCAGUCUGUAAAGAAAGACAGUACAUGUCCGCUAAUCUCAUCAGCCAAUGGGAAUUUUACGAGAGGAUCAUACUUUACCACUCGUCGAGAUGGCAUGUAUACCAGAAAGGGCGCUAUACAGGAUCGCUGACGGUCUUCACGGCGAGUGAAUUUCAUUGCGUUGGCAAUUUGUGCGUGUCGGAGAGCCUGAAGUUCUUCAGAGGAAUCCUUGGUGUUCUCCGGGUCAGCUUGCCGCGUUAUCCAACAAUGGCACCCGGAAUGAGUCUCAUCAAAUAUGCACCUUUAUUUCCACGUUUGGCCUCCCAGCUACCCUGGAGCUCUCGUAAUCCUGAAAAUGUUUCGAACGCAUGCAAAGCCACCCUAAGGAGAAGAGAGUAUGUGAAGGUACUUGCAAGAAGUGUGAUCAGGCGCAAAGUGAAAGAGUCGCAACCAGAAGACACGCGACCUUCGCAAAGCUCUCGUGAAGACGCUAGGAGCUAGCGCGUUGAAGAGACAGUUACUCGUGAUCAAGGAGAAAGAAGCAUCCCACAUCCCGAAGAAAGUCCGUGCGGAGUACCGCAUGCGUUUGCCCCUCGGAGAGAAUCUAUCGAUCAAGAACCUCGC